ACUGUCAAAUUACUGGCUAAAAAGGUUCAAUGCCAAUUUAGAUUUUGGAAAAUAAUCCGAAAUCCAAUUAAACUAAUACAAAUUUAUAUUUACUUUUAUAUCUAUAUAAUUAUAUAAUUUAUCAAAAUGCUAAUAAAAGUUAAGACUCUCACCGGAAAAGAAAUCGAAAUUGAUAUAGAACCUACAGAUAAAGUUGAACGAAUAAAGGAAAGAGUUGAAGAAAAAGAAGGAAUACCACCUCAACAACAGCGGCUUAUAUUUUCAGGAAAGCAAAUGAAUGAUGAAAAAACUGCACAAGAUUAUAAAGUACAAGGAGGUUCAGUGCUGCAUUUAGUUUUGGCACUUCGCGGUGGCAAGCCUGUAUAAUUAUGUGUAUACAUAAAAGUUUACUAGGAUUCUUUAAAUUAUACUUUAAUUCGUACUUGAUAAGUGAAAAAAUAUUACAAAUUGAUGAAUAAAGCAUUUUUUAUUUUUAA